AUGAAAGCCGUGACGAGAUCGCCAACGUUGAUUCAAGACCCAGAGAGCGAUGUCCUACGACAGCGCCAGUACCGCGCACACUGUCGGUCCAAAAGCGACCAAAGCAAAACACUGCCGCGCCCACGAGCAGCCUCAUCUUCUUCCAGAUCAUCCAGUCCGAAGACACCCGAGGAGAUUGCGGAGGACACUUGCCUGUAUAUCAACACACAACUAGAAAAGAGAAUUCUCACGCCCCCCAGGAAGAAGGCCACGGGCAACAACUACAUGCUGGAAGCCGAGGUUGACGGCAAAUCCCUCAUCAAAAUCGGCCUCACCAAGAAGGCAACCUACGACCGCCUCAACGAUAUCCAGAGCACUCGCAAGCCAACACAACUCAGCGUCAAAGAGCCCGGGCUCCGAAAAAUGGCCCACGUCAAAACGGCCGAACAGCUGAUCCUGAAGGAACUAGGGCAUUUCCAGCACGAGUUCACCUGCAAGGCAUGUCAGGUUGAGCACGGCUAG